AUGCAAGGACUAGCUAUCCAGACAUCCGUAUUCGAUAAAGUUGAUGUUACCCUUUGGGGACAAGACAUCAAACCUGACGAGGAAGAUGAGAUCGCAGUUACGACGUACGCCGCUAGGUUCAUGUCCAAUGCCCAAUUCGAACGCCUAGAAGGAGACGACAUCCUUGACCACUUCCAACAACACUUCGAAGGCUGGAACCAAGACAUAUGGAACCGGGUACAUAUGGACUACAAGAGAGCCCUUAGAUUACUUCUAAGGAGACCCCAUCCGACAACCCACCACUUCAAGCACCCGAACUCGUCCAAUCCGCCCAAACCCCACCUAAACCUCCAUACCCAAUAUAUGUUCAUGAAGCUCUGGGAUAAGGACCAGAACUACACAGGAGAGCCGUACGACCUCCUCGAUGAGAAACUCCGAAUCUUCAUGAGUAUCUGCUACAACAUCCAAGUGAAACCGUCACAAUUUCACGCACUCUUUCCCCGGAUCCUUGAUGGAAGAGCACAAACGUUCUACAUUGACAAGAUCGAAUGGACUACCACGUUUAGGAAGGCAUACGACAGCAUCAAACAACACUUUGACACGGAAGUUAACCAUGUCCAUUACUAUACAGAUUGGACCACAACCACUUUCAACUCGAUUCGUGCCCAAGAUGCUUCCAAAUCCCUCCACGAAGUCCUUCAACUACUCUUCGAUAAGCUACAACUCUGUCAGAGAGCCUUGGCCCUGACUACGCAGGAAACAUUCCACUGCGUACUACGCUUAUCAUCGCAUGCCGUGGUGUACCCGAACUUGAACACGCCCUCUUCAAACCUGCAGCAAAGAUCGAGACCCUCUUUGCAGAUCUACGAUCUUCCGUUGAGACCCACCUUGCCCGACAGACAAACCCUCAGUAUUUGCAAAGCCCUGACGGAUCAUUUGGACCAACGAAUCCGAACAAUCAGUACUACCUCGAUCGCCGAUACCAUAACAACCGCGUACGAGGAAGAUACGGAUACUCAGGACAACGACCCAAUCGCGGAUAUGGACAAGGCUACAACCGUGGAAGCUACAGGCCCUCAAGCCAUAGCAACUACACCCUAG